UUUGUGAAGUAAGUAGCCGGUUAAGCUAACACGCUUCGUUACCAAGAAUGGCGUCAAAAAAGGGAAAGAAAGUAGUAAACCAAGAAGAACUCCGGCGGCUUAUGAGAGAGAAACAAAGGCAAAACACAGAGAAGAAGCGCGUGGAAUCUCCUUUCGCUAAAUACAACAGUUUGGGUCACCUCAGCUGCUCCUUGUGCUCUGUGCAGGUGAGAUCUGAACUGCUGUGGCCAACUCACGUUCUGGGAAAGCAGCAUAAAGAUAAAGUUGCAGAGUUGAAAGAAGCAAAGAGUCAACCAGCUGUACCACAGAGUCAGCCGACAAAAAGGAAAACGCAGGGCAGUGAGGAAGCUGUUCAAAAAAAGGCCAAAACAGCAGGUCAGUCUGGGUCAGGGUUGCCUGGAGACUUCUUUGAGAAACCAGCUGAAAAGGCGCCUUCACAGAAAUCUGCAGGAUUGAGCCUUUUAGCCGGAGUUUAUGACGAAGACGACGAUGAAAAAACUGAUGAGCACAACCCCCCAGCUCAGCCAGCUGAGGAGCUGCCAGCCGACUUCUUUGACAGCUCCAUCCCAUCCACGCCUGCUAUAUCCCACUCAGGAUCCAUCCUCAAAGCAGAGGUAGCGGAGAAGACCGCCGAAAAGAAAGACAACACCGCUGAGGCACUGCCAGAGGGUUUCUUCGACGAUCCGGUCAGGGACGCGAAGGUCCGAAACGUCGACGCCCCGAAGGAUCAGAUGGACAAGGAGUGGGAAGAGUUUCAGAGGGAAAUCCGACAGGUGAACACUAAGUCUGAGGCCAUUGUGGCAGAGGACGAUGAAGAAGGGCGCCUUGAGCGACAGAUCGACGAGAUUGAUGAACAGAUCGAGUGUUAUAAAAGGGUGGAACUGCUCAGGGACAAGAGGGAUGUGUUGAAGAGUAAACGUGAGCCCAGGAAGGAUGAAAACAUGGAGACUGAGGAAAACAACGAGGCGGAGGGGGAGGAGGAUGAAGAGGGGUUGCUGGGACUUCUGUCCCAAGACUGGAGAGCUAAGGGAGCUCUAGCCUAAAGUUACUGUAAAUCAUGUUUUUGGUCACAAUUUGACAAAUGUUUCCAAACAUGUAAAUAGUUUUACUUAAAGUCACAAUGUUUUGUAAAUUUCAGAUUUGAUUCCUGCAACGCACCAGUAAAAAUGUGACAGAAUC